AGAAAGGGGGCACAGUCGAGCACAUCAGCAGCAUGUUAAAGAAGCAGCAUGUGGUGCAGAAAUCCUUUCCACUCACUAAACCCGCUUUACUGACUGAAAACUGAAGCACUGCCAUCAUUUCAUCUGCUCCUGCUUCUUUGUCUCUGUAUAAUGGAAGCUGUUGUGCUGAACACGCUGCAGGCUGCGAUGGCGGCGGACAUAAACGGGAACAGCUCGGUGAUGGACGCGGAGCUGGAGGUGAAGAAGCUGCAGGAGCUGGUGCGCAAACUGGAGCGCCAAAACGAGCAGCUCAGGACCAGAGCCGCAAACAACUACAUCCACAAUGGACAUGUCCUACCCAGCCAGAGCUGCUCAGCGAACCCUGCGACGGAUCACUUUUAUUCAGAGAAUUAUCGUAUUUCGGCUCAGACAGCACCGACUGGAUCACACAAUACAGAUCAACAGUACGUGUGUUUUCAUGGCCAGACUGGCAGUGAUGCUGAGGAAACAUUGCUGGACCAGCUGGAGAUCUUAGACCUUCAUACUCUUCUCAACAUCAGCACCGAGUCUGAGGAUAAAUGGUUAUAUGUGUCUCCAAAAGCGAAGAUGUUUUCUCGGUCAAUGCUCAACCCUCUGCAAUGGUGUAGACAAGGGCUUGACAACCCCACACCUGAAAUGGAGUUAGCUAAGCAUUCCUUAUGCUACCGACUAGACCAGGCCAAAAGAUGGAGAGGAGUUCUCUCUGGCAGUUUACCAUCUUUGUUAGCUUACAGACCUGUAGAGGGACACUCCUCAUUAAGCAUCUCUACUAAAUCCUUUACUAAACCUGCACUAACUGAACAAACAGUGCCAUCCUCUCCAUCCAGCCACUGCUCGCUCCAGCCACCUCCUAAAGGGAGGAGUUGCGGUGGCCUGGCCGAGAGAUCUCCCUCAUUCCUCUAUCACACGGCUACUUACAAUUACGGCCGUCCACAUGCUGCUGUCAGCCCACAGUCUUCCUUAAACAAUGACUUCAGCAUCCCAGAGCUGAACAGUGACAUGGACUACAAGCUGCAAGACAUGACGGAUGUCCAGGUCAUGGCACGGCUACAGGAGGAGAGUUUGCGUCAGGAGUAUGCCACUACCUCAGCCACUAGCGCACGUCGCAGCUCCAGCUUCUCUGUGCACUCAGGUUUGCGUCGCCCAGAGAGGACCACCAUGAGAAUGGAAGAAGAGGAGGAGGAGGAUUAUGAUGAUUUGCCACCUCCUCAGCCAAGGCUUUUCCGUACAAGCUCUAUGCAGCGCAGUGUGUCCCACUCGUACAACCUGUCCAGUCUUAGAGAGUCACGCUGCUGCAGCUCCUCUAGCACACAGUACCUCAGCAGCCUCAGUCCCAGCACGGCUAGCUACACAACCGCAGAAACACCGAGUUACCGCACCAGCACAGACACACUGAGGAGGAGUAUGCCAAAUCUACUGCGAGCUCCCAGCAUGCUUUCUGUGCCCAGUGUGCCAAGUGUUGCUUCCCCUGCCAGUCACACAGCUUUUUCAUCUUUUCAACCUUCGUCACUACGCAGCAGUCAGAGUUUUGACUCCUCAAGCGGGCUUGCCAAACUUCAGUCUGCAAUUCCUUCCCCAGGUCAGCUGCAGCAACGAGUGCAAAGCAUAGGCAACUUCUCCACAGCAACACGACAACCAGUGAAGGCCACAGCCUACGUUAGUCCAACUAUACAGGGUCCCAUUACCAUGCCUUCAUCUGUUAGUUUAAACUCACUCUCCAGCAUUAGUUCUGUCAAACUCAGUAAACCCAGCACUUCAUCUUCUACCAGUCGCAGUUCUUUACCUCGCCCGGCCUCCUUCAUUGGUACGAGUGGAACCCCACGCAGCAAGAUAGCUCAGCCAGCGCGCAGUUUGCUGACACCCCCAAAGAGUAUCGCUACUCUGAGUACCCUGCGUGAUACAAGCUGGAAGGAUGGAUGCUAUUAACGUUGGAGAAACAGUGCCCUCCAAAAUGUCCCAACAGGGUUUGAGACCCAGCUGGCUGGGUCAAGUUGUUGUUCACAAACUACUAAAACAGAACAAAAAGUGUUAUUAUAAUUGGUGUUAUUAGGCAAUUAGCAGAUCUGAUUUAAUUAAUAAAUUAUACAAACAAAAACUGCAAUAUGCCCCAGUGACCAAAAAUGUUGAUAACAUUAUGCAAAUGAUGUUUACAUCAGAUUUUCCCUAAUUACUUUUUUCACUGUUUAUAAUUACACAAAACAUGUAUGAAGUGAGAUUAUAAUGAUCAUGCAAAUAUUGUUCGUUUUUAAUGUCUAAUGUUACAUAAAUUAAGGUCAUAAGAAAUGUACUGACUGCCACAUGGCGCUCUUACUGUUAAUCUUAGAACUACUAGCUUAAGCACAGUGGUUUCUUUAUACAAAGCAUAUGUAGUUCUACUAAACAUUUUCUCUUUAAACGUUUCUAAGAAAGCACCUUUAACAAAUACAUAAGUGAUAAAAUUACAUUAUAACUGUGAAAGAUUUGGUAUUUCAGUAACUACAAAUGACAGGUUGGUCAUUAGCAGUAUUGCACACGAAUCAUAUGGUUUUUGGCAUUUAUCUUGCAACAUGCAUAAUUGUAUGUUUACAAGAUGCUCAUGUGAAGGAGCAUUGCUAAUAAAUUGCACAUAUAAAAAAAUCUUUGUAAAUAACAUGACUGGAAUUCAAUUGAGUGUAUUUUAACACUGAAAUAAAGGUUUUUCAACCAUC